UAUUCACGGUAAUUUUUUUCAAAAAAAAUCCAAUUAAAUAAUCUAAUUUCUACAACCAUUUGCGAUCUCAUCGCCGCGAACCUUCUUCACGACCAUAAAGAUUAUGCGACGGAAGCUAAACUGAGGUUGAAAAUGGCGAUGCAAACUGGAGUUGCUUCUUCCAAAGUUUUGAUUUUGCUGGGUGCAGGUUUAACUGGUUCAGUAAUUUUGAAGAGCGGACGGUUAUCAGAUGUCCUCCUCCAACUUCAGGAACUUUUACAAGGCAUCAAUGGAACAAACAUUUCUUCAUCUAAAAUUGAUCCAGCACUUCUUUCAGCACAGAUUCGGCAAUUGGCUCUGGAGAUUCGGGAGCUGUCCUUAUCGAAUCCUAUAACUAUAAUGAAUGGGAGAUCUGAUUCCAACGGUUAUGGUUCUUAUUUGGUGCCGGCUGCUGCUCUUGGAGCGAUGGGAUACUGUUAUAUGUGGUGGAAGGGAUUGUCAUUUUCGGAUGUCAUGUUUGUGACAAAGAAAAACAUGGCAAAUGCUGUUGCUAGUGUUUCUAAGCAACUGGAUAGCUUGACAGAUGCGUUAGCAACAACAAAAAGGCAUUUGUCAAAAAGGCUAGAGACGUUGGACUGGAAGCUGGAAGAGCAGAAAGACAUAUCUGGGCGAAUCCUCAAUGAUGUUACUGAUGUUAAGUCUACCAUUUCCCAAAUUGGUUUUGACAUCGAGUCAAUUCAUGAGAUGGUACUUGGACUGGAAGGGAAGCUCGAACUUCUUGAAGGUAAACAGGACUUGACAAACUCGGGUGUUUACUAUCUAUGCCAAGUAGCCGAUGGAAUGAAGGAGGGACUAAAUGCUAGACUUUUACAGGAUGCUGGAUCAAAGCUCGAGCCUCCUAAAGUUACAUGCGAGGACAACUCUCGAAAGGGGUUGCAAUUUCUAACGGAUUCAACUGAACCAAAGGUUUUGGAGAAACCGAUCUCAGGCUUCAAGGCAGAAGAUCUUGACGGAAUUGCCGAGAAAACCGCCGGAGUGAAGACAAGAUUACACCGGUUUACUCCGGUUGGAUUCUCUUUGGCACAUGACAUUCUUCGAUCUGAUUAGUGAUUUAUAUCCAUUUGUUAAUUGAUGUGAAUAAAAUAGUUUUGUUUUGGUAGAUGCUUCUCACCCAACCCAUAUCGUUGGGCAUAAGGCUUUGGCGUUAUUGUAAUGCUUCUCAAAGCUAGUUCCUUGUCGGAGAUUCAUCUAUUUUUAUUCUCCCUAUUGUUAUUAUCGGUAUAUACGUGAAUAACAGGGCACGACAUCACCCGAGCUUUAUUUUAGAAAUUGUUUUGACCAAACCCGAGUAAUUUUCAUUUUAAAAUGUCAUUUUUUUUACA